UCCAGCCGGCUAAGUGGGUCAGAGUCAGUCAGUUUCAAAAGUUGAUGCGUGGAGGUUGUUGGCGAGCUUGCGGAGUACGCCGUCUCUUGCUUGUACUUACAAUGGCUCGGAAAGACCUACAACUCGUGCUGUUAUUAUUGGGAAUCUAUGGCGCGAGUGCCAACCGCGAGGCCGAGUGCAUCGAGGUGGGGUACGCGCGCUCCGCCGGCUCCAUCCUCCACCAGGGCUUCGAGGCCACCAAGGGGGAGCUGCUGCAGAAGUGGGCGCAGGAGGACGCCGACGGGGUGCCCACUUUCUCGGGGCUCACGCAGGUCCUGAAGAAUGUCACGCGGACGGGCGAGUUGCUGGAGUCAACCUCGAAGACGAUCCUGGGCAUGAUCAGGAAGACUCGGGUCGGCAAGCGGUGCCCCGAGGACUGGCUCCUGAAGGGGCUGGAGAAGCACGUGAUUCCUCUGAUGAACAUCGACAAGGACCUUUCGGAGGAGCUUGGUCUAGUGAUGUCGUUCCGGUGCAUGGUGGGGUCGCCCUACCCGAACGUGGACGGCACCUGCGUCAACCAGGAGUCGCCUGACCUGGGCGCGAUCGGCGCCAAGUUCCUCCGUCUCCAGCCUGCAGCCGCCGGCAAAGAUGGAUUUUCCCUCCGCGAGUCCGUGUCGGGUGAGAAGACGCUGCCCUCAGCCAGGGCGGUGGCCAACCUCCUGAGGAAUCACCUACAAAAGCCGCCUGUUACGGGAGUCUUUGGAGAGUGGGGACAUUUCAUUCAGCGGGACUCCUUCAGCAUUCCUGAAUCGCCCUGGGCGGAGGACGUGGAUUGCUGCGCAACCCCCGAAGUGGAGGACUGCGCCCCCAUCUACCUGGAGAAGGACGACCCCGACCACUCCACCAUCCAGUGCAUGAGCUUCAAGAGGUCGGCGAAGGCACAAGCAAUCCUUGGACAUCGAGAGACGCUCUCCCUCGUGUCGACGUAUUUGGAUGCCACGCCCGUCUACGGACCCACCAAUGAGGUCGCCUUUUCGAGGAAGACGGGCUACUUCGGCUACCUCAAAGCGCCUGAGAAAGAUGAGGAAGAGACUGCUAGUGGCAAGAAGAAAGAGGUGAAAUGCGCUGCCCCGGAGAGCUUCCAAGGAUGUUUCCAGUUGGCGGAAGGAGACGAUUGGCUGGAGAAUCUGAGGUUGUUGUUUGUGAUGGAACACAAUCGGAUCGUGGACGCCUUGGCGGAGAUCAACUCCCACUUCGAUGAUUCGCUGCUCUACAACGAAGCAAGGCGUAUCACGAUCGCCGAGUACAACCACAUCACGUUCAAGGAGUACCUUCCCGUAGUGAUGGGAGAAGAGCUGGUGAAGAAGCAUUCCCUCAACCCUGGUGCCGAGGGCCCCGCAGCAGGAUACAUCAAGGAAGUCAAUCCUGGUAUUCUCAACUCCUUCGCCGUCGCCUCCUACAGAAAUCCCUCGAUGCACACGGAAUGGAGGAAGGAAUGGGGGCCGACAGAGAUCUUGGAGUCGUCUCACUACAGUGCUGUCCGGGAAGACCCUUACCAAGACCUCCUAGCCAUGGACAUCCAACGUGGUCGAGAUCAGGGAAUGGUGGGCUACCUGACUUGGAGAAGGUUCUGUGACAGUACGCACUCGUACAACACCUGGGAAGACUUGGAGAAGGGUCUGCCGAAAGAACUUGUGAACGAUCUCAAGGAAUUAUACCAAGACGAGAUCGAUGACAUUGACGCGCUGGUGGCGCUGCUGGAGAAGCCGGACGAGGAGGACGGCGGCAUCGUCGGCAAGACCUUCACCUGCCUCUUGGCUGACCAGUUUGCCCGACUGAAGACCGGCAAUCGGCUAUUCUGGGAGCACGACAGCAGCUUGCUAACGGUAGAGCAGAGGGACUUCAUCAAGACGUCCUCCCUUGCAAAGCUGUUGUGCCGGAACACUCCC